CGCCGCCGCCGCGGCCUGUGUCCGCUCCGCGUUCCGCCAUGUACCCGGCCUGGGGCUUGUACGGGGCGGCUGGGCACUACCCGCCGCCCCCCACCUCCAUCCCGCCCCCGCCACUGCCCAUCCCGCCCCCCAGCGUGCCGCCUCCCGCCGUUCCGCCGAUGCCGCUUCCCAGCUACCCGCCGCCGGGGCCCGCGCCCCCCGCCGCCGCGCCGCCGCCCGCCGGUUCCUCGGGGUUCCUGAGCCUCCAGGAGCAGCACCUAGCGCAGCUGCAACAGCUCCAGCAGAUGCACCAGAAGCAGCUGCAGUCCGUACUCCUGGGCCCCCCGCCGCCGCCGGGGCCGCCCCCGCCGGGGCUGCCGCCGCCGCCGCUGCCCGGCUCCUUCACCGACUGGCAGCAGCAGCCGCCGGUGCCGCCGGUGCCGCCGCCGGUCCGCAGCUACCAGAAGCAGUAUGCCCACCGUGAGCCUCCGCCCCGCAAGCCGCCCCCCUCGGCCCGGGACCGCGACGGGCAGGAACCGCCGGGCGGGCACGGUGACUGGGGCGAGCCGGUGCCCGCCGAGCCGGUGCCCAUGGACAUGGAGCUGUCCUCGCCGCCGCAGUCCCCGCAGCCCGCCGCCCAACCCUACCUGCCCCCUGGCCAGCCCUACCUGCCGCCUCCCCAGGCCGAGCCGUACCCGCCCCCAGCCCAGUCCCCGCCGCUCCAGCCUUACCUGCCCCGAGCGCAGCCCUCCCAGCCGCCCCCCUCCUUUUCGGAGCCCCCGCCCUCCUACCUGGAGCCCCCGCCGGCCACCGCCUCCCAGCCCUACCUGCCGCCUCCUGCCCAGGGCUACAUGGCACAUCCCCAGCCCUACCUGCUCUCCUCCCAGGCAUCUCCUUCCCAGCCCGCGCAGCCUGCCCUGGCCCCCUCCAUCCCUCCCCCGGUCAAGCCAUCGCAGGCUCAUUUCCCCCCGCCCCAGCCGUCCUUGCCCCCGCCUGCCGCUGCCCAGCCGGAGGCCGCGCAAGGUUCUGCCAAGGAGGGCGGUGGAACGGAGCAGCCGGACCCCUCCACCAUGACUCCCCAGGAACAGCAGCAAUACUGGUACCAGCAGCACCUGCUUAGCCUGCAGCAAAGGGCAAAAGCCCAUGCUCAGGGGCAGCAGCAGAUUAAAAGUCCAGUAGUGAAGGAUGAACAGAGAGCAAAGUCUGAAGAAGGGAAAAUGAGCACUUCAACUCAACAGUCUGACCCUCCCCCUCUUAAUGAAUCCCUGCCUCCAGCAUCCAAAGAAGAUGAAUCUUCUCUUACAUCCACUGAAACUCAGCUCAAUAUUGAACCUCCUGAUGACCCUGAGGAGGAUUUGAGAUUGCAGCAAUUGCAAGCGGCAGCAGCUCAGUGGCAGCAGCACCCCCAUCACCGGGUUGGAUUUCAAUAUCAGAGAAUAAUGCAGAAGCAUGCUCAGCUGCAGCAGAUAGUACAGCAGUAUCAACAGAUCAUGCAACAGCCUCCACAUUUAGAGACAAUGUCAGUGGAAAUGCAGCUGCGACAUUACGAGGCACAGCAAAAACAGUUCCAGCAGCUUCAUAAAGAUUGGGAGCGAUCAAUGAACCAGCAGUGGCAGCAUCAGCUUCAAACCUACCCUCACAAAGACCAGCUUCAAGAGUAUGAGAAACAGUGGAAAGCAUGGGAUGAACAGAUGAAGGUCACUCAGUCACAUCUGCAGGAAAAAGUGACCUCACUCCAAAAUCUGAAGAAUCAAUAUCCUGCAAAUGUUUCACUGCCACCUCCAUUUAUUCCAUAUUCCCAAACUGGUCAAGGUGGCAUUCCUAUUAUGCCUCCAACUUUACCUUCAACUACAUCUCCACUGGUCCCCCCGCCUCUCUCUUCUGUUUCUCAGUUACCCAACUCUUCUGUCUCUUCAGGAGCCAGUUCUCAAAGCAGUCAAGCUACUGAGACACCAAGGCCAGCUCUCCUUCCCACCCCUGGUACCUAUGCAUCAAAAGUAGCUAGUUCAACUAGCUAUUCACCUUAUCACUCUCAAGUAGGUUCAUCCUUUGGCUCAUCUGACCACGGGAAGUCUCAAGGUCAUCUUAAUAAACAAACUGUAAAUAUUUCAUCUGAGCAACAGUGUGGGGAACUGAAAGGCACUUCUGCAGUGUCUUCAACACACAUGCCUAUUGUGCAGGAUAAACCAGUGAGGUCAGGUGGAUUGCUUCCAGAUCCUCCCAGAUCAGCACGUUUUGAAGGGCCUAGAGGCCCUAGAUUUGAUGGACCCCGAGGAAGAGGAUACGACAAAUUUGAAGGCUCAAGACAGAGAGGACCUCGUUUUGACUCCCAGCGCUCAGAAGGAUACAGGUCACGUUUUGACCGACAGAAUACGGAUGGACAAUCUUCAAGUAGAUGGGGGUCUAUCCCACGAGGACCAGCAGGACAAUUUUAUACAACAAAUGCAUCACAUGGACACGGUUCCCGACCUAGCGGUCCACGGUGGAUGGGGCCCAGACCUCAUUUGGGACAGCAGCAGCAGCAGCAACAGGCACAGACAGACUCACAGUCAGAAAGCAAAGAACCUUUUACAGACACAACUGCUGAUCAGCAGUCUGUAACCAGAACAGAGUCUACUCCUGAUGCACAGAGUGCAGAUCCCAUUGAGCCAAAUGAGGACCUGACAGACACUCAGCAGGAACCAUCCAAGCCUGAUGUCAAAGAACCUAGUUCAGAUCCUCCUAAAAAGUGGACAUGGAGUUCACAUGAUCCCAACCAGCAAGUAGAAGAGUCCAAGGCACCCACUCCACCUAUCCAGAACCAGAAUACAGUAGCCUCUGUAACAGGAAAUCAGGAUUUGGAUUCAACAGAUGGCCAGUUGACUGCUUCAGAUAGCACCCAGGGCCUACCUGGACCAGAAGGCAGUGGAAGAGGGCCAUUUAUGCAUGAAGAUAGAGGAAAGGGACCAGGAAGCAGAGGAAGGGGCCGUGGCAGAGGGCAGGGGGAUGGCCGCGGCUGGGGAAUGGGCCGUGGCCGGGGAAUGGGAAGGAUGGACGGUGGCCGUGGAAUGGGAAGGAUGGAUGGUGGUUGGGGAAUGGGCAGGAUGGAUGAUGGCCAUGGCCGGGGAAUGGGCAGGAUGGACGAUGGCCGUGGUAGAGGAUAUGUAUACAGAGGCAGAGGGCAGGCUAGGCAGGCAUCUAUCCGUGGCAGGGGAAUGUUCAGGAGAGCAGGCAGCAGGGAGAGGAUGCCAGAUAGACGAUCAGGCAGCAGGGAGAGGAUUCCAGAGGGACAGUCAGGCAACCGAGAGAGAGGACUGGGUGGACGGUCAGGUAGCCAUGAGAGGGUAUUCUCUAACCGAGACAGAGAGCCACCUGGACGGACUGGCAGCUGGGAUAGGGGACGGGCUGGAAGCCGGGAGAGAGGCCCGGUCAGACGGGCGUGUAGCCGGGAAAGAGAGCCCAUGCGGCGAGCAGGUAGCCGCGAGAGGGAGCCCAUGCGGCGGGCAGGUAGCCGCGAGAGGGUCCCCGUCAGGCGGGCAGGUAGCCGUGAGAGGGUCCCCAUCAGACGGGCAGGUAGCCGCGAAAGGGACCUGGUCAGGCGGGCAGGUAGCCGGGAGAGGUGUCCCAUCAGGAGGGGAGAUAGCCAUGAGAGGGAAGCAGGAAGAUCUGAAACAGGCAAUAUGGGUAAACCCAUUCACCUAGGAGAUGACCCUGACAAAUUGCCUCCCUACCAUCGAGAUGAACCAUUCAGGGGUUCUUGGGGUCAUGAAGAUGAUACAAUGCAAGAGGAGUUUCCUUUAGAUAGUCAAGAUGACCCGUCUUUGGAGCAUGAGCAGUUGGAUGAGUGGGAAAGAGAACAGUAUUGGAGAGAUCACAACUCUGAUUAUCAGGAUGAUUCUGUACAUGCAUAUGACAGAGAUGACAGGUUGCAGUCCCACCAUUCGCUGCCUCCAUUGUCUCCCCUACCACCACUACCUCCUUUAUCAUCUGAUCAUGACAGACGAGAUUCAUGGUGGGAUGACUGGAAAAGGCCAAGAGAAAGGGAUCUAGAGAGAGAUCUCGAUAGAACUGCAAGGUCCUCAGAUAUUUAUGAUCAAGAUUUAGACAGAGAAUGGGAUAGAGACUGGGACAUGAGACCUAUGGAUGACAGAGAAAUGGGGAAUCGUGACCUGGAUAUCCCCCCUCUACCACCAUUGCCACCCCUUCCACCUCUGGACAGGUACCGUGAAGAUAGGUGGAGGGAUGAUAGGAACAGAGAUCAUUAUGACAGAGACCUCCAAGACAGGGGGGAACUUAGGAUUCGAGAAUAUCCAGAGAGAUACGACACAUGGCGGGAGAAGCAAGACUACCUUCCUGAAAGGACGGACUGGGAGAGGGAACGGUUGUCGGAUAGGUGGUAUCCAGAUGAUGGAGAGAGACUGCGGUCUUUGGAUGACCACUCAGAUUCAUCCCUUCCUCCACCUUCACAUUCCUCUGAUAUGCUGGGAGCAGAUUCAAACCUGGACUCUGACCAGUCCUUGGGAGGAGUGAUGGUCCUAAGCCAAAGACAGCAUGAGAUAAUUCUGAAGGCUGCCCAGGAGCUCAAAAUGCUUCGGGAACAAAAAGAACAACUACAGAAGUUGAAGGAGUUCAAACCUGACAUUUCCACCCAGGACUCUCCAAGAUCACAGAACACAAGCACAAGGCCAGGUGCCUUUCAGGUCUCUUCUCAGCUCUCUUCAGAGGCACCACUAGAAGCCCAAGCUAUUAAACCUUCUCCUGCUGUUAUUAUAAAGCCUCCCGUGUUGUUCAGACAGCCCACCCCUGUGACAAGACCAAGUGCCCCACUGGCAAGGCCUGCUACACCUAUGACAAGGCCCCAUGCUCCAAUUUCUACUCCAACUACAACCCCAAGUCAUGGUCAGUCUUUAAAACCAUCACCUUCUGCUGUGGAACAGGAACGCUGGGAUGAGGACUCUUUCCAUGGACUGUGGGACACAAAUGAGGAUAAAGGUGCAAAUAUGGAGUACGAGUUGUGUAAACAGGAGUCGAUGAUGCCUCCACCUGUCUCCUCGCCUGUGAAAGUUCCUGCCGUCCACACCUCCAUGCCAUCAGCUGUACCAGUGUCCCUUCCUCCAGUUAUUCCACCAGUUCCUAAAGCACCCAUCAUUCAGCAAACGGUGGAUUAUGGCCACGGGCGAGAUAUAACUACCAGUAAAGUGGAACAGAUUCCAUAUGGGGAGAGGGUAACUCUUCGUCCAGAACCUCUACCAGACAGGCAAACAUUUCAAAAAGAUCAUCCAGGUCGCUACAACAGAGAAAGAGAUCGUGAGCCUUAUUUUGAUCGGCAAGGUAAUUCCAACACAGAUCAUCGGGAUUUCAAGAGAGAUCGGGAAUUGCACAGAGACCGUGGUUCUGUGGACUACGAACGAGAGAGGUUUGAAAAAGAGCGGCAUCCCCGAGAUGAUAGGGUUCUUCCUACUACACCGUCAAGAACUCAGUCUUACCGUGACAAGAAGGACCAUCCGUCCUCCAGGCGAGGUGGUUUUGAAAGACCACCAUACGAACGAAAGACAGAUCGUCCAGCAUAUGAUCAUGGGCCUUCCAUGUUUGGAGAAAAUUCUUCUGUCCAAACACUGGAAUUUGAAGGUGAUCGUAGAAAUUAUGCUGAGGAAAGGAUUCCUAUUUCUGCUCCAUCAAUGCCUCGUCAGCCACCACCUGCUCCACGAGUAGAAAGGAAGCCAGAAUCUAAGAAUGUAGAUGAUAUUUUAAAGCCGCCAGGACGGGAUAGCAGGCCAGAGAGGAUUGUAAUCAUCAUGAGAGGGUUACCUGGCAGCGGAAAGACUCAUGUAGCAAAACUCAUCAGGGAUAAGGAAGUAGAAUGUGGAGGACCUGCACCAAGAGUGCUCAGCCUGGAUGACUACUUUAUCACUGAAGUGGAGAAAGAGGAGAGAGACCCAGAUACAGGGAAAAAAGUUAAAAAGAAGGUGAUGGAGUACGAAUAUGAGGCUGAUAUGGAGGAGACCUAUCGUACCAGCAUGUUUAAAACUUUCAAAAAGACCUUGGAUGACGGUUUCUUUCCCUUCAUUAUCCUGGAUGCUAUCAAUGACAGAGUGCGACACUUUGAACAGUUUUGGAGUGCUGCAAAAACAAAGGGGUUUGAGGUCUACUUAGCUGAAAUGAGUGCAGAUAACCAGACAUGUUCCAAGAGGAAUAUUCAUGGGCGCAAGCUAAAGGAUAUCAGCAGGAUGUCUGAUCACUGGGAGGCAGCACCACGCCACAUGAUGCGCCUGGACAUUCGUUCACUGUUGCAGGAUGCUGCUAUCGAAGAGGUGGAGAUGGAGGAUUUUGAUGCAAAUAUUGAAGACCAGAAAGAAGAAGUCAAGAAGGACACAGCAGAGGAAGAAGAAAGUGAACUGGGUUACAUUCCGAAAAGCAAAUGGGAGAUGGACACUUCUGAGGCAAAGCUAGACAAGCUGGACGGUUUGCGGACUGGCACUAAAAGAAAACGUGACUGGGAAGCAAUUGCCAGCAGAAUAGAAGAUUAUCUGCAGCUUCCAGAUGACUAUGAUACACGUGCUUCUGAACCUGGAAAGAAAAGGGUGCGAUGGGCAGAUCUAGAAGAAAAAAAAGAUGCUGACAGAAAAAGGGCCAUCGGUUUUGUUGUUGGACAAACUGACUGGGAGAAGAUAACAGAUGAAAGUGGUCACCUUGCUGAGAGAGCCCUCAACCGCACCAAGUAUAUAUGAAAAGUGGUUAAGUGGAUUUUUGUGCCUUUAAGGCCAUUUGCUCUGAGGAGAGGUGAACCAAGGUGUCAUGAGCAUCUUGCAUGGGUCAUGUCACUCCCACCUUCACAGUUUUUAUUUGUUACUUUAGUUUCAGCUGUUUUCUUGAGAUACUGGCAGACAACCAGUGCCCUCAAAAAACUCAUUGAAUCCCACUACUCCUAAGUGAGAGAGACAGUUUACUUUUUAAUAUUUUUGGAGGGGGGGAGGGGGAGGGUCAGUAGUUUUAGCUGCUCUUUGUGGGAUAAAGUGGAAGGAUUAGACAGAUGUUACCUCCACUGUACCAUCACAGAAUGUUUAUCACCUUUGCUCUGUGGAUGUUCUCGUUUUAUACUGUAUGUACCUUGUAGCUUAUUGUAUUAGGAAGCAGAACAAUAAAUUUCACUAUGAACUCAG